AUGGAUGCCAAACAGGAAGGUCCUCAUGUAUGGCCGCGUACAGAAGAGCAUCAGCCCAGCACUGCCCAGGUGCAUUUUGUUCCAGAUGGUGGCACUGUGGCACAGAUUGUAUACAGUGAUGAUCAAGAUCGCCCCUCGCAGCAGGUGGUGUACACGGCAGAUGCCUCAUCAUUCACAUCGGUGGAUGCCUCUGAACACACCUUGGUCUAUAUCCACCCUGUGGAUGGCUCUCAGGCUCUCUUCACAGAUCAGCCGCAGGUUGCUUAUGUUCAGCAAGAUGCUACUACCCAGCAGGUGACUGUGCUGCUUCCUGCUUCCCAGAGCAUGAACGCCGCUAACCUGGCUGUUCUCAGCAGUGUCCCCGAGUCUGCCCAAGCUAUGUCGUUGGAGCCUAUGUCACAGGCAUCAUUAUCGGUGCAUGAUGGCGGUUUACCUCCUGUGGAGGGCGUGGAGAGCACAACAAACAUGACUACAUUGCAAAGUCCGAAUACCAAUUCACAGGCAAAGGACGAUGAUGAUGACGAGGAUGAUGAUGACGAGGAUGAGGAUGACGAGGAAGAUGAUGAAGAUGAAGAAGAGGAGGACUCUGAUGCAGAUGAAUGGGAACCAGAUCCACCACGGCCUUUUGAUCCCAAUGACCUGUGGUGUGAAGAGUGCAAUAAUGCCCAUCCAUCAGUGUGUCCGAAACACGGGGCCCUCCAUCCAAUUCCAAACCGUCCUGUAUUGACCCGAGCUCGAGCCAGUUUUGCCCUUAGUCUUGUACAUUGAUCGCUUCCUUGGAGGGGUGUAUUCCAAGCGCCGUAUUCCCAAGCGCACCCAAUUUGGACCUUUGGAAGGACCUUUAGUUAAAAAAUCAGAGCUGAAGGAUGGCUACAUUCAUCUGAAGGUGUCCCUCAGUAACCCUCUGGACUCCCAGGAUGCCUUUCAGGAGGAUCUUUGGUUUGACCUGUCUGAAGAGAGUCUAUGUAACUGGAUGAUGUUUGUCCGACCAGCACAGAACCAUUUAGAGCAGAAUCUAGUGGCCUAUCAGUACGGCCAGCACAUCUAUUACACCACCAUUAAGAAUAUCGAACCAAAGCAGGAACUGAGGGUUUGGUAUGCUGCAUCCUAUGCUGAGUUUGUUAAUCAGAAGAUUCAUGAUAUCUCACAGGAGGAGAGGAAGGUCCUCAGAGAGCAAGAGAAGAAUUGGCCAUGUUAUGAAUGCAAUCGCCGGUUUAUGAGCUCUGAACAACUGCAACAGCACCUAAAUUCCCAUGACGAGAAGCUAGACUUCUUCAGCAGGGCCAAAGGACGUGGUCGUGGAAGGACGAAGAGGAAAUUCGGACCUGGGAGGAGACCAGGGAGACCUCCAAAAUUUAUGCGUUUGGAUUUGUCUGGAGAUAAUCGAGAAAAGUGCAGUCUGGGGAAUCAGGAUCUCCUGCAUUUCCAGAAUAAGAGGUCACAGUUUGAAGAGACGGGUCACACUAAUAUAAAUGGUCUGGAUCAGUCCGAACUCUCACUGGGUACAGUGACACAAGAUCCAACUGAUCAGCAGCCAGACGCCCAGGUUCUGCAGGCCACUGUUCCACCUGUACAGCUCCCACCUGUCGUUUCCCAUAGUGUCCUGACGCCUGAAGACAUGCGACGAGCCAAGCGUAUUCGGAAUGCCGCCCUGCAGCACCUUUUUUAUACGCAAGUCCUUCCGGCCGUUCAAAUGCUUGCAGUGUGGAAAGGCCUUCAGGGAGAAGGAGAAGCUGGACCAGCACUUGCGUUUCCAUGGGCGAGACAGCAACUGUCCCCUGACCUGUGACAUCUGUAACAAGGGCUUCAUCAGCACCAGCUCCCUGGAGAACCACAUGAAGUUCCACCUGGACCAGAAGACCUAUUCUUGUAUCUUUUGCCCGGAGUCGUUUGACCGAUUGGAUCUCCUGAAAGACCAUGUUGCUGUGCACGUUGUCGAUGGCUGCUUCAGCUGCCCUACCUGCAAAAAACGCUUUACAGAUUUUAUUCAGGUGAAAAAAACAUGUUCGAAGUUUCCACUCAGAAAAGAUUUACCAGUGUACAGAGUGUGAUAAAGCUUUCUGCCGGCCAGACAAACUUCGUCUACACAUGCUCAGACACUCUGAUCGCAAAGACUUCCUUUGCUCUACAUGUGGAAAGCAGUUCAAGAGAAAGGACAAGCUGAGGGAACACAUGCAGCGAAUGCACAAUCCAGAGAGAGAGGCCAAGAAGGCGGAUCGCACUGGGCGCACCAAGGCCUUCAAACCACGUCUUGCUUCCACAGACUACGAAAGCUUCAUGUUCAAGUGCCGCAUGUGUAUGAUGGGAUUCCGGAGGAGAGGCAUGCUGGUCAAUCACUUGUCAAAGCGACACCCGGAAAUGAAGAUUGAGGAAGUCCCAGAGCUGACGCUACCCAUUAUCAAACCCAACCGAGACUAUUACUGCCAGUACUGUGAGAAGGUAUAUAAAAGCGCCAGCAAAAGGAAAGCGCAUAUCCUGAAGAACCACCCAGGAGCAGAACUCCCUCCCAGUAUACGGAAACUAAGACCGGCUGGGCCUGGAGAGCCAGAUCCAAUGCUUAGUACUCACACCCAACUCACAGGAACGAUAGCCACACCACCAGUUUGUUGCCCGCACUGUGCCAAGCAAUAUAGCAGUAAGACGAAGAUGGUUCAACACAUACGCAAGAAACAUCCAGAAUUUGCUCUUUUACCCAUCACAACACAGACAGCAAUGAUUAGUACAACUCCCACUGUUCUUGCGGCUGACGGCACGAGUGGUGAAACUGUAGUGACCACAGAUCUCCUAACGCAGGCCAUGACCGAACUAUCUCAGACUCUGACCACAGAAUACCGCACUGCACAGGGAGAUUUCCAGCGGAUCCAGUACAUCCCAGUGUCACAGGGAACGGCCGGCAUGCAGCAAUCACAACAUAUACAGCUGCAGGUGGUGCAGGUUGCUCAGGCUCCAUCUCCUCACCAGACACAGCACUCUACUGUGGAUAUGGGGCAGCUACAUGAAACCCAGGCCUACACUCAACACGCCAUCCAAGUGCAGCAUAUCCAGGUAGCAGAGCCAGCCCCGGGCACCCAGGCGCCUUCUCAGGUAGGGGGCCAGUCUCUCAGCCCUUCGUCACAGGAAACUGAUCAGAAUGUCAACCCCUCACAGAUGCAGACCUCGACCUCUCAGACACAGACAAACUCCUCCACAGUUCAGCACACCUACCUGUCUAGCGGCUGGAACUCUUUUCGCUAUCCUUCUGAGAUCCAGAUGAUGUUACCCCAGGGGCAAUAUGUCAUCACCGAGGCAACUGUGGGCACUCCUGUUGCUCCGGUGACUAGUGGUCAAGUGAAAGCAAUACAGACACAUUAUGUCAUAUCAGAGAGCCAGGGCGAUGUGGAGAUGAAGAAGAAUGGCAGUUUGACUGAAGAAGUCUCUACCAGCUCAGAACAGCUUGAGCAAACAGGCACUAAUCCUGCGCAGACAGCACAGUACAUUAUCGCCACCAACAUGAACGGGAGCAACGAGGUGCAUAUUUCUAAACCAUGA